UGCUUGUCGUCAUUUCAAAUCACCGCGUCUUAAUCUUUCAUUAUAACCACCCUUCGCGGUAAACAGGCGUGCCCGAACGAACGAUGGACUCGACACAGGAGCGAACGUUCUGUAAAUGGCUUAACACGAAGCUGGAAGCCAAUGGAUACCCUCCGAUGCGUUCGCUCGUCCAGGACCUGUCCGAUGGAGUUCGGCUCAUUCAGCUUAUGGAGAUCAUGGGCGAUACCUCGCUCGGAAGAUACAAUAAGAAUCCUAGAAUGCGAGUUCAAAAAGCAGAGAAUGUAAACAAGGCCCUAGAGUUCAUCCGCCAACGGGGCAUCAAGUUAACCAACAUCGGUCCAGAAGACAUCAUGGACGGAAACUUAAAGCUCAUACUUGGGAUGAUUUGGACACUCGUCCUGCGUUUCACGAUCGCGGACAUCAGUGAGGAAGGCCUUUCCGCGAAGGAGGGUUUACUCCUCUGGUGCCAGCGGAAAACGGCGCCAUACAAAGAAGUCGACGUGCAAGACUUUUCUUCUAGCUGGUCAGACGGACUCGCAUUAUGCGCUCUCAUCCACUGUCAUCGACCCGAACUAUUGGACUAUGAUAGGUUAAACAAGUCAGAUCGGCAUGGAAACACGUGCCUUGCAUUUCAAGUCGCUGCAGAGCACCUCGGCGUUCCCCAAUUACUAGAGGUAGAAGAUCUAUGUGACUCCGCCCAUCCCGACGAACGAAGUGUUAUGACGUAUAUUGCGAGUUACUUCCAUGCAUUUUCCUCGAUGGAUCAAGCGGAGACCGUAUCCCGGCGAGUCGAGAAAUUCGCCGAACUCAUGCAAUCGGUGUGGUUGAGCAAGAAUGACUACGAACGCCGAGCUCGCAAUUUACUCCGCGCACUUUCCGAAGUCCAAACCGAAUGGGCUGCCAGCAUGUUCACGGGUACAUACACCGAUGCGAAAGCACACUCUGCGAGCUUCAACAAGUACAAGCAUUCGACUAAGCGCGGUUGGGUAACCGAACGUCAGGAUGUUACUACGCUUUUCGGCAACAUACAAACGAAACUUCGGACUUAUGGGCUCAGGGAAUAUGUUCCCCCUCUGGGAUUGGCGCUUUCGGACAUUGAUCAUGCCUGGAAUGACCUUCUGCGUUCCGAAGCGAAACGGUCGAGGUCGAUCAAUGCUCAAAUCAGACAAAUCAAGGAGACGCUUCGAAAAGAGUUUGCAGACCUCGCCAAUGACUUUUCGCAACGGCUACAUGCCGUCUCUCUCGAACUUUCGAACGUGGAAGGGCCACUUGAGGAACAACAAGAACAUGUCCGAACGCUACAAACCCGGCUACCCGCUCUUAAUGACGCCUUGUCCCGUGUUUUGAGGGCAGAGAAUGACUGUAUUGCAGCCAACGUCGAAGAAAACGACUAUACCAUUUUCACCUGCCAAGACCUAGAAUUCGAACUCGAACUUCUCGCGCAGAGUAUAGCUAAAAAGCUUUCAUUCAUCGAUAACCAGGCCGUUUCAAGGAACAUGACGAAUUUAACACCUGCACAACUCGAACAAUUCGAAAGCACAUUUCGUUAUUUUGCUCGCGAUGGAACAAAUACCCUUAGUCUUCCAGAGUUCAAUGCAGCUCUCGCCAGUCUUGGCCUGGUGUAUUCCGACGAGGACAUGGAUUACCUGUACGACCAGCUUGUACAAGAGUAUGGUGCCAUCACGUUCCAGGCUUUCAUAAACCUCUUGGUGGACAUCACCGAAGAUCAGACGUCACCGGACCAAUUGCGGGAGUCUUUCCGUGGAAUUGCAGGCGACAAGCCGUUCGUUACGGAACUCGACUUGCGACUUGCGCGACUUCCAAGCAGCGCUAUUGAUUACUUGCGAGAGGUAUUACCCUUUCAAAGGAAUGAAGUUGGAGAGCCGGAAUACGAUUAUGAAACGUGGCUGGAAGAAGUAUUUGUUUAGGCAUACCAUCAUGUAUACUUAGUACCGUC